GUUUCUUCUUCUCUCUAAACAAUUAAAUUUUCACACACAACCGAGAAGAAACAACAACAAAAAAUGGCUCAAGAUAAAGUGAAAAGGUCACCUACUCAAAUAAAAUAUGGAUUAAUUCAAUCUACAAUAAGGUUAUUGAUGGUGUUACUGUUUCUGGGUUUAAUUUUCAUUUUUAUAAUGAUGCCUACAUAUACUUUCAAACACACAUGGAAUCCUCAAUUCCAAGCAAAGACUAAUUCUACAUAUUUUGGUGCACAAGGUACAAGGAUUCUUAUUUACACUUUUCCAGUGUUGUUAAUAGCCACUUUGGGAUGUGUCUUUCUCCACAUAGCCAAAAAAUCAAAUGAGAGCAACAUGGAAAUUGGCAAUGGGAAGAAACAUGGGACAACCAUAUGGAAUCGUCCAAUGCUUGUGAAAGGACCUCUUGGAAUUGUUUCUAUUACAGAAAUAGCAUUCUUGCUUAUGUUCAUUGCACUUCUAAUUUGGUCCUUUUCCAUUUAUUUACACAACGACUUUGCAACAAUCAUAUCAAAAUCAGAGGCAGAGAAUGGCGAAAAAGUGUGGCAAGAGAAAAUAGAAAGUGUGGCACUAAGGUUAGGUCUUGUUGGUAACAUAUGUUUGGCAUUGUUAUUUUUCCCAGUGACUCGUGGAUCAACCGUGCUACCAAUAUUUGGCCUCACUUCUGAAGGUUGCAUCAAAUACCACAUUUGGCUUGGGCACGUGCUUAUGACACUUUUCACUACUCAUGGAGUUUGUUACAUUAUCUAUUGGGCAUCUACUCAUCAAAUUUCACAGAUGCUGAAAUGGGACAAAGUUGGAGUAUCAAAUGUGGCUGGAGAGAUAUCUUUGCUUGCUGGUUUAGUCUUAUGGGUUGCAACCAUUCCUUACAUUAGGAGAAAAUACUUUGAGCUAUUUUUCUACACUCAUUACCUCUACAUUAUCUUCAUCAUCUUCUUCAUCUUUCAUGUUGGCAUUUCCUUUGCCUGCAUUAUGCUCCCUGGUUUCUACCUCUUCUUGGUUGAUCGUUACCUACGGUUCCUACAAUCUAGGCGCGAAGUUCGUUUGGUUUCAUCUCGUGUUUUGCCGUGUGAAACUGUAGAACUCAACUUCUCUAAGGGACAUGGAUUGACGUAUAAUCCAACAAGUGUGAUGUUCAUAAAUGUACCAAGCAUAUCAAAGUUGCAAUGGCAUCCAUUUACCAUUACUUCUAAUAGUAAAUUGGAAUCUGAAAAGCUAAGUGUUGUCAUUAAAAGUGAAGGAACUUGGACAAAAAAGCUCUACCAGUUGCUUUCAAAUCCUUCGCCUAUCGAUCGCCUUGGAAUAUCUGUUGAAGGUCCUUAUGGACCUGCUUCAACCAAUUAUCUAAGGCAUGACACACUUGUGAUGGUGAGUGGAGGAAGUGGCAUCACACCAUUUAUCUCUAUCAUUAGAGAGCUAAUAUAUCUUAGCACUACAUUCAAAUGCAAGACACCAAACAUUGUCCUAAUUUCUUCAUUCAAGAAUACUUCAUGUUUGUCAAUGCUAGAUUUGAUCCUACCUAUUUCUGGCACACCAUCUGACAUUUCUAAUAUUCAACUCCAAAUUGAGGCAUACAUCACAAGAGACAGAGAGUUUAAAUCAGAUAGCUCAAUUCAUCCUCAAACUUUAUGGUUUAAGCCAAAUCCAACAGAUGCACCAAUACAUUCUAUGUUAGGUCCAAACACUUGGCUUUGGCUUGGUGCUAUAAUCUCAUCUUCUUUCAUUAUCUUCCUUAUCAUAAUCGGGAUCAUUACUCGAUACUACAUUUUCCCGAUUGAUCAUAACACGAAUAAAAUAUUCUCGUAUCCUUUAAGGGUGUUCCUUAACGUGCUAGUAAUAUGUGUGUCGGUAGUUGUUGUUGCUAGUGUAGCAGUUAUUUGGAAUAAAAAACAAAAUGCUAAAGAAGCAAAACAGAUUCAGAACUUGGAAGGGUCAUCACCAACAGUGUCACCAAGUUCAAUGAUUUACAAUGUUGAUAGAGAAUUAGAAAGCCUUCCAUAUCAGUCCCUAGUUCAAGCUACCAAUGUGCAUUAUGGAACAAGACCUGAUCUUAAAAGACUUCUAUUUGAAAUGAAAGGGUCAAGUGUGGGAGUUCUUGUUUCAGGACCUAAACAAAUGAGGCAGGAGGUUGCAUCCAUUUGUUCAUCUGGUUUAGUUGAAAAUCUGCAUUUUGAGUCCAUAAGUUUUACCUGGUGAUUUUAUUCAUUCUAAUUCAAAGGGUGCAAACCAUCCAUGAUCAAUCUCUAUAGUAGGACUUCAUUUUAAUUGCCUUGAUUAAAAAAUCUGUAAAAUUUGUUUUUCAACAAAUAACUAGGCUUUCUUGUAUACCAUAUAUGACAUGAAUGAAGUUUAAUGA